AUGUCCGAUGCCAGUGUUUUACCAAUAAGUGGUGGUUGUAACGACGAUAGUUCGUUUGAAGUACCUACACCGAGACAAAUAUUACGCAUUGCAAUCAAUUUAAAAUAUUUAAUUGAUAAUCUGGUUACUAGUCACUAUGAUGAUGAAAAAGAAGCAAUCGUAUCUGAAGAGUUUAUUAAACUAACUUAUGAAGCAUGUGGUGGUAAUAAAGAUGAUACCCAAAGUUAUAAAAAAUAUCAAGCAGUUAUAAUUUUCGCUCUAUUAAAUGUUUAUUCCUGGUACCAAUCAAUAAUAAGCAAUGAAAUUCGUCAGAGAAAGAUUUAUACUACUAGAUCACUUGUAGUUGAAAAAUUAUGUCAAUUUAUAAUAGAAAAAGAAGAGAAAAAAAAUAUUCAUUUUUUAUUUAGUCAUAUUUUAUUAAGACGUUAUUCAAUUUAUGAAAUAACCGGAAGUUCAAAAUUGAUGAAUGCAGUGGAAUUAGCUACUGAUUUACAUUGUACAAUUGUAAUCGGUUCAAGUGGAUUUCAAAGAUGUUUAAUAUGGUUAUGGGAUGGUUGGAUUAUUCAAUCACCAAUGAAUCCAAAUUGUUUCAUUCAAGAAGAAAUUGUCACUUCGACGUCAUAUGUAGACCAUUUUACACCUCAACGUAUUAAGACUCCAAAAUAUCAAAAUUUUCUAACAAUUUUAUUCUCUGUCAUUUAUUUAAUUCUUUAUACAGCAGUAAUGAAUGAAAAGAGAAUACUUAACAUUGAACCAAUUAAUAAAAAAGAAUUAUGUUUCAUUUUAUUUACAUUAGGUAAUAUGAUUGAUGAAAUUAUGAAAUUUUAUUAUAUUGGUAUAGCUUACUUCCAAUUUUGGACAUGUUUUAAUGAUUCCCUUUAUCUUUUAGUCAGUGUGUCAAUUUUAUUACGUUUAAAUAGUCUGUAUGGGACUCAUUCGGUAACUGAUAAAUAUGGUGUCAUUUCAUAUAGAUUAUUAGCUUGUUCGGUUCCUUUGGCUUGGUCAAGGUUACUGCUUUAUUUAGAAUCUCAAAAAUUUAUUGGUAUAAUGUUAGUUGUGGUAAAACAUAUGAUGAGAGAAUCCAUAAUUUUUUUCUUUCUUUUAAUUUUAUUAUUAUUAGGUUUUCUUCAAGGGUUUAUUGCAUUAGAUUUAUCAGAUGGUGAAUUGGAUGUCACUAGUUCAGUAAUUAAUAAUUUGUUAGGGACAAUUAUAGGAUUCGGUGAUUUCUCAGUAUUUGAAAAUUUUGCUUCCCCUUAUGCUACAAUUCUAUUCUACUGUUAUUCUUUCGUUAUUUCAGUCAUUUUAUUAAAUAUCCUUAUUGCUCUUUAUUCUAACGCUUACCAAAGUGUUGUUGAUAAUGCAGAUAGUGAAUAUAUGUGCUUAAUGUCACAAAAGACUUUGAGAUUCAUUAGAGCUCCUGAUGAAAAUGUUUUUGUACCACCUUAUAACCUAUUUGAAUUCAUAUUGUCUGUCUUAUUAAUGGGUCAAAAUGAAUCUGUGAAACAAACUGUAAUGUCAAUGGUAAUGACUUUAUUAUAUUGUCCUCUUUUGACGAUUACAUCAUUAUGGGAAGUUGGAACUGCAAGAAGAAUAAGUUAUAAUAGACUUUGGGGUCUACCAGAUGAUUCUAAUCAGCGAGAUACUAUUUGGGAUCUUACUGAUGGGUACGUAGAGAUGGCAGGUAUUUCGUUAAGAAAUGAUGCAAAUGCAGGUAUUAAGGCUACAUUAAAUAAAAAUUCAAAUAUGUUAAUGGAACAAUCACGGGAGGAAAGGAAAGACCCUCAUUUUUCUGUGAAACGAGAAUGGUAUGAUAAUUUAGAUAAAUUGAAAAACAGGUCAAAUACUCCUCAAUCCACAUUAGUGAAAUUAAUAAAUGAACAAAAUAUGACAGUAAUGAAAUUAACAAAAAAAAUUGAAAAAUUAAACAAACAAAUAGAGAUAUUGCAAAAUCAGAAAAAAAAGUAA